AUGGGACAGGAGGCGCAGUUCUUUGAACACGCAGUUAGCUCGUGGACGAAAGUGGGCUCGCUUAGUGAAAGAGUUUACUUCGGGCAUCCUGCUUGCGAACUUAUGACCUCGGAGAACGACCUAGAUCAGUUCAUUCAAGAUCUGCACGGAGACGAAAACAAGAAAAAGGUCAUCGGCCUCUUACAGAGGCAGGUUGACCUUCUCACGAGGACUGGCCGCACGAACGAGACUGUCUUUAUAUCCGACCUGCUCUGCGCGGGGCUUCUGCACCGCAACCUUGCCCCAGAAUCCAACGAAAAGGCCGAGGACUUCUGCGAGACCGUUCGAAAAUCGGUCGGCGAUGCGCUACUUACUGUCGGCAGCGAAUGCCUUGACGCGAAGGCUCUCAAUACUCUCGCUCCAAAUACUUGGCUUAAUGCGAAUGUCAUCAUUGCGGGCCUCACGGUCUCCGACAGACUCCCUUGGGUCCGGGUCGGGCAUUCAGUCCCCAUACAUUGUGGAGUCGAUGCUUUGCGUAGGAUCCGUCGGCCGUUCCAAGUCGCUGCCUCGGAGAUCACCGCUUGGCGCAAGGAGACGACGGAGCAACUGGUGUUCUUCUUUGUUCUUUUCCAAAGGUCAAAUCACUUCAGCCUCUUAGAAAUCAACGACAAGGAAAAGACCAUCCACCACUACGACUCGAUGUGCACUAAUGGCAAAGAUAACGCCGAUAUCAAGGUCUGUUUCCGCAAUUUGACGCCAGGAUAG